AUGGGUUUGCUGACAAAGUUGAGACGAUUUGGUAGUGAACACAUUUUGCCUCUCUUGGACGGGAGACCACCGAAAAGGGACGAGCCUGUACCGCCUCAAGAUGUGGAGUAUGGGCCGCUACCGCAAAGCUUUUUUAAAGCUGUGAACGUCGCUCGGGAAGAAGCUGGUUAUGAUGCAUUGGCAUUGAAACGAGAUAAACAUGGACUGGAUCGUGGUAUGAGACCGGAAUUUGGUGCCUUCGACCGAAGUCGACGACCUUCGCACGAACGACAAUUUGAUCGUUCAACUCGUCAUGGUUCACCCGAGCAAUUUCGUCGUCUUCCACCCGGUACUCCCAUCAAGUUUCGUCGACGACCAAUUUCACCUGAGUUGAUACAACCCAGCGCUUCCGCUCCAUCUCUCUUCGGUUUACAACCUCAUCCGGUUUCUCCUGAUAUGCUUCGCGAAUUCCAAUACGCACAGCAAAUGUCACACGUUCCACGACAACAACAACAGCAAUUGGAUAUGAUGCCUCCUCCUGCUGCGUCGUUCUAUCCCCAAUUUCAACAACCUCUCUACCCGAUGAUGUAUCCAAAUGCGAAUGUACAAAAUUGGUUUAUGAUGUCUCAGUAUCCGCGACAAAUGUAUCCGUUAUAUUGA